CAGCUUAAAUCAGAGACCUUCUGUAGCUGGAAAUAAGUGAUUGCCGUGGAAAAUACAUGUGAGCCUUAAGGAACAAGUGUUCUGAAGCUAUCCUCAGGAAUGAAGCAUAUGUGAAAGAAAUUGGUCAAGUGAAACAAUGACUACAAAAUCAGCAUUUUGCAUGGUAGUGAGCUUUCUUCAACUUUGCAUUGUCAGUGGGCAGGUAAUAUGUGAAAGGCAAAUGACUACUGAAUGGAGAACAGAACCAAAACCUACAGUAAUAAAAUGGACACCAAGGGAAAAUAUCUGUUCAGACUUUUACACUGAAUGCUGGAAUAUGAAUAAAAGUAUUACUGGAGAAAUCUCUGAAGAACAUAACCUCAGUAUCCCUCAGAUAUGCCCCUUGCAGCUUCAAUUAGGUGAUAGUCUCUUCAUCUCCUCUGAGCCAUCCUUUCAGUCCUACGGAAUGAAUUUGGUAAAUGUCUCCAAGGAAGAAUUUAUUAACUGCCCUAAGGCUGGUUUUCUUCAAGAGCAGUUGAUUUUUGUUUGCCAGAUAAGAGGACUGCACCAAGUGGACCCGAACUGGCUCGGAGUUGGAACCCAUUACUUUGCAGAACUUCACAGGAGAGGUCCGCUGCUGUGCAGCGCUGGCCUUCGUCUGAACGUAACCGUGAAGCAGCAGUUUUGCCAACAGUCUCUGGAUGCACCACUGUGCUCUGGGCAUGGAAAAUGUCUAAGCCAUGUUUGGGAUAAAGCAUAUAAUUGCCAUUGUUUCUCACAGUAUUCAGGAACAUUCUGCCAGAAGUUUGAUAUAUGCUCCGCUAAACCUUGCCACAACAAUGCCUCCUGCACUGAGAAAUCAGAACUUUCUGGAGAUUCUUACGAAUGUAUAUGUCCUCCAAAAUUUUCAGGUAAAAAUUGUACAGAAAUAGUUGGACAGUGCCAGCCAUCUACAUGUUUCAAUGGUAACUGCAUCAAUGUUACUCCAAACACUUUUCUUUGUGAGUGUGACAAGGGCUUUACAGGUCCAUUUUGUGAAGAACCUGGUGAUCCUUGUGCCUCUGAGCCAUGCCUGAAUGGAGGUGUAUGCCACUAUAACCAGUCUGGAUAUGUUUGCAAUUGCCCUUCUGGUUUUCUUGGUCACAACUGUGAAAUUGACAUCAAUGAAUGUUCUUCAAGGCCAUGUCAGAACAGAGGUACAUGUAUCGAUUUGCCAAAUGAUGUGGCAUGUACCUGUAUGCCAAUAUUUACUGGCAAGUUCUGUGAGAGAAUACUGAAUCCAUGUGAAUUAUUGCCUUGCUUAAAUAAUGCAACUUGUAUAGCUCAACAGCAAAACUAUAACUGCCGCUGCAUGCCAGGAUUCACUGGAAAGAACUGUGAGGAAGUAAUUGACUACUGCAGGCUGCUCAGCAUCAACUGUCUGAAUGAAGGAUUGUGUCUUAAUAUAAUUGGAGGAUUCACUUGCCUCUGUGGGCCUGGAUGGACAGGAGAAUUUUGCCAAUUCGUUGAAAAUGCAUGUUUAAUUUAUCCAAAUAAUUGUUCUGACGGAGCAACUUGCAUUGAUAUGAGUCAACUGGGAGAACAACCUUUGUUUCAGUGUUUGUGUCCUCAUGAUUUUACAGGUGAAUUCUGUGAGGUGAAAAUUGACAACUGUCAUUCCAAUUCAUGUGAAAAUGGAGGAACGUGUAUUGACUAUGAAGAUCAUUUAAAGUGCACUUGCCCUAUAGGUUUUGAAGGUGAAAGAUGUGAACUCGAUAUUGAUGCCUGCUUAUUCAACAAUAUAAGCUGUGCCCCAGGAGCACUGUGUAUGGAUAAAUCUCAUGGAUUUAAUUACACAUGUUUAUCACCAUGUAUUGGAAACACAGAGGUAUGUGCAAAUGGAGGUAGUUGCUUCUAUGAUGAAGGAAGCCAGAGCUCUCACUGUGUCUGUGCUCUUGGAUGGACUGGAAACACAUGCCUUGAGAAUAUUAAUGACUGUGAGAAAAACCAGUGCCAACAUGGAGCCACAUGUGAAGAUGGAAUUAAUAAAUACAGGUGCAUAUGUCCCCUUGGUUACACCGGCACAUUUUGUGAACUUGAUAUAGACAACUGCAUUGGAAACCAGUGCUCUCAAUAUGGAUUCUGCCAGGACCACUUGCAUAAUUACAGCUGCUACUGCGUGCCUGGAUAUGAAGGACCCUUCUGUGAAGUUGAAAUUAAUGAAUGCUCAAGUUCACCUUGCAAAAAUGGAGCUACUUGUAUGGAUUUAAGUGGCCACUUUUCUUGUCAUUGUACUGCUGGGUUCAAAGCCUUUAGUCUAUAUCAUCAAGAACAAGCAAUUAAUGCUCCAAAUGGUUCUCUGUUGACAAUCUGUGGUAUCAAUAAUGAAAGCAGAAAUGAAUAG